AUGACAGAUAAAGAUCAGCACAUUCAUCAAACAUCACAAGCCAACGGUCAUACCAAACAUGACGAAGAAACAGCCGUAUUGCACUCCAAAGAUGCUCGCAAAAUGAAGCGUAUGAAAUGUUUAUUAUAUAUUGCUAUCUUUAUCGUGUUUCAAACCGCUAUUAUAUUGCUUUUUGCCCUGACUAUCAUGAAAAUACGAACACCAAAGUUCAGGGUUCGAUCUGCAACAUUCUAUUCCUUCGAUUACACUAAUACUUCGUUCAACAUAAGUAUGAAUGCUGAACUUGGAGUCAAGAACACCAAUUUUGGCCACUAUAAGUUCCAGGAGAGCACAAUCGAGUUCUUCUACAAUGAUUUGAGCGUUGGGAUGGCCUCUGUUCCUAAAGCACGAGUCAGAGCUCGUUCGACUAAGGAGUUUAAUGUCAUCGUGAAUUUGUCGUCAAGCAAUGUCCAAAACUCUCCACAACUUGGAUCUGAUCCUAUUCCUGGGGUAUUAACCUUGACUAGCAAGUCUAAAUUGAAUGGAAAAGUGGAGCUGCUCAAAGUACUGAAGAAAAAGAAAUCCACAGAAAUGGAUUGCACCCUGGAAAUUAAUGUGAGACUGAAAUCAAUUGGAUACUUGACGUGCAAAUAG